GAUGUUUCGUGUUCAAAGCAACGAGCCGGAGAGCGAAGCUCCUAAUUUGAAAUAAAAUCACCACUAACCCGACUGGAUGAGACAUCUGGGAGGGAACGCGUUGUAAAUAAGGAGAACAGUCUUUUUAAAAUAAAGUGCAAUGUACACAUUUUUUUGUAAGGCGAAUCAGUAGACGUGCGAAUUGCAGAACUGGGAAGAUUUGAAUAAAGAAAUCCAGCUGCAGUGUCACAUUGAUACACCUGGUGUCUGGGGCAUUGUGUGAGGCGUGAAGAAUGGGCAUUAAGCGAUCUUAGAGACGGAUCUCGUACAGCGAAAGGGUGAGAGUGUACAGUAAGGUAAAUACACCGGCAGUUUUAUUUAAACUAAAAAAGGAAUACAUCGGAGGAAUCUUGAUUUAAGAGGCUGGCUUGAAUACACGAAAAGGGAUGACACCAGCUGAAGAUUUAAAGAAGACCCACGCGUCGAGGCAGCGUGGAAUUGGCCGUGGACAGCACAGCCCUUGCAAGUCGGAAUAGGGGACCCAGAUACGUGGUGCAUCCGCCUGUGUGCAGCAGGGACUGCAAUUUCACAUCUACCAUCGCGACCACAUACCUGGCUGGAUUAAUAAGAGAAGAUUCACAGCUGGAACUGUGAAACGGUUCAUAUAGAAAAGGAAAACAUUUUUCUAAACAGCAACUAAACCAAUUACUCUGGAACUUCAGGCAAGCGAUUCACUGUUUACUCUAUCAACCAUCGACAUCCUAGGAUAGACCCUACUUUAUAUUAUCCUGCAUCUGCAAAGCAUGAAAAUAGCAUCAUUAAAUAGACAUUUUGCCAUUUUAAAUUGUGUAGCAUAGUUAGAGCGACCUUGUCCUAGAAUUUUUUUUUUUUUUCCAGAUGAUAUUUUCUUCUGUGUGACUUUGUCUAGAUAUCGCAGCUGUUUAGUUUCAAGAUCUAGACCACUAGAACCAACUGACUGCUCUGUGCAGAUACUGAUUCUUGUGGGAACCGUGUUCAUUUUCUGUUGAGAAGAGAGUGUAGCUAAAGCCUUUUUCCCCUCCCCGAGAUGUUUUCGGCCCUGAAGAAGCUGGUGGGUUCUGAACCCGGGCAGAUAAGAGAUAAGAACAUCCCGGCCGGACUGCAGUCCAUGAACCAAAAUCUGCAGAGAAGGUUUGCCAAGGGGGUUCAGUACAACAUGAAGAUAGUGAUCCGAGGGGACAGAAACACAGGCAAGAGCACACUCUGGCACCGGCUGCAGGGGAAGAAGUUUCUGGAGGAGUACCUGCCCACCCAGGAGAUCCAGGUCACCAGCAUUCACUGGAACUACAAGACAACAGAUGACGUUGUCAAGGUCGAAGUGUGGGACGUGGUCGACAAAGGCAAAAGCAAGAAGCGAGGAGACAAUUUGAAAGUGGAAAACGAGACUCAGGAGUCUGAAAAUGAGAUGGCCCUGGAUGCUGAGUUUCUGGAUGUGUACAAGAAUUGCAACGGAGUCAUAAUGAUGUUUGACAUCACGAAGCAGUGGACAUUCAAUUACAUCCUGCGGGAGCUUCCCAAAGUGCCGAACCACGUCCCAGUGUGUGUGCUGGGGAACCACCGGGACAUGGGGGAGCACAGGGUCAUCCUGCCCGACGACAUUCGAGACUUCAUCGUCGGCAUGAACAGACCCCCUGGUUCAUCUUACAUUCACUACGCUGAGUCUUCAAUGAGGAACGGCUUUGGUUUAAAAUAUUUGCACAGAUUUUUCAAUAUACCCUUUCUGCAGCUGCAGAGAGAGACGUUGCUACGGCAGCUGGAGACCAAUCAGUUGGAUAUCGACGCCACCCUGGAGGAGCUGUCUGUCCAGCAAGAGACCGAGGAUCAGAACUACGAAAUUUUCCUUGAAAUGAUGGAAUCGCGCAGCAAAGGCUACGCCUCUCCUGUACCGGCCAACGGACAGAGCCCAUCGUCGGGGUCCCAGUCCCCCAUCAUCCCUCUGAAUGGAGCCUCCACAGAGAACUCUAGCCCGGGGACCCCCCAACCCCUCCCUCCCAUCCAGACACUGCUCACAGCGUCCUCGCCUUCCCCACCUCCCCUGGCCAUGGCAGGCACAGCGCCCCCUGCGGCUGAGAUCCAGACAGUGCAGCAAGCAGCGGCACCUCCUCCUCCUGCGCAAGCACUGGAGCCCUCUCCCCCCGUCCCGUCCCUCUCUACAGCACCCUUUCCGUCCGCUGCAGCCACCCCCGUACCCCCUGCCCAGAAACGAAGCAUCAUCUCCAGGCUCUUCGGCUCCUCUUCCACCCCCGAGACCCCUGCUAACAAACCCGAGUCUUCGACCCCGGCUUCCACGGAGGGCGUGGUGAAGAGCGUGGACGACUUUGUACCGGACGACGGCUUGGACCGCAGCUUCCUUGAGGACACCGCCCCUCAGAGGGACAAGGUCAAGCCCCAGCCCCAGCCACGGGCCGGCCACGACAGUGACAGUGACGGCGAGGAUGGGGGAGCGAACCCCAUGGUGGCGGGUUUCCAAGACGACCUGGACACUGAUGACGAGCCCCACCACAAGCCUGUCCCGAUAGCCACUGUCCCCAGCAAGAACAUCACCCUGUCCAGUGACGAGGAGGACCAAGGGGGCGGAGGGACGGGCGCUGGGCAGGACACUAAAUGGUCUUCCAAAAACUCUGUAAAGCCACCAACCAAAACUAAGACUGUUACAACGGAACUGAAACCUGACGCUGUCGAGUUACCUCCACCCCUGGGGCCUGAGAAAGUCGGCAGCCUGAAAACUCACCUCGGUCCCUCCCCGGCCCCAGCCCCAGCCGCGGGCUCCAAAAAGAAGAGUGGCCCCCAGGAGCCAGAGUCCUCGGAUACAGACCCCGAAGGGCCCGUGGCUAAGCAGAUGCUCUCCUUUGUUAUGGACGACCCAGACUUUGACAGCGAGGAAUCGGACAGCCAAAUAAAGAAGGUGGAUGUGUUCCCGGUCCGGGUUGAAAUCUCCGACCUCUCCGAUAACGAGUUCACUCCUUCCAAGGUUCCCGAGCCCGUGAAGCCCAGUGUCCUCUCCUUCAAACCCAAAAACAGCACUGACCUGUUCGACCUGGGCUUCGAAGAGAAGAGCGUGCAGAUCAGAGACAGCAGUGACGAGGCUGCAGAUAAAGACGGUAAACACGCCUCAAAGGACAAAAAGAAAAAGAAGAAAAAAAGCAGAGAGGAGGAAGAGAAGGCCACUAAGAAGAAGCACAAGCAAAAGAAGAAGGAGAAAGGAGGAGGAGGAGGAGGGGAUGACAAAAAGAAGAAAUCGAAAAGCAGGAAACCAGACGACAUGGACGACCUGGAGGCCUUCCUGGCAGGAGGGGAGGGGCCAGUGAACAGCGGGGGCGGGGACUACGAGGCGCUCUAGACUCUGUCCUGUCCAAUCGGGGCUGGACGUGGGCGUGGUUCUGGAACCCAGCUGGCUCUCCAUAGCCGACGAUGAACAAUGCAACUCUUUACUUUGAUCUUUCUUGUUUUACUUUGUUUUUUUUUCCCAUUAUGACUCCUCCUGUGUGGUGUUUAUUUGCCUUUUUUUUUUUCCUUUCCUCAGAGCGCCCGUAUCAAGGAAAAUAGAGGACUGUUUGAUACUUCAUCACGGUCUCGCUGGCCUCCUUGGAAAUGAACACGCUGACAGAAAAUGCGCAGUCUCCGUACUGAGGCGGGCGUGCUAAUCUGUUGUGCAUUAUCAACGUGUUUCCUCUGGGAGAGCUGGUUUAAAGUGGUACAUGUAAGAUGUAAAAUACUGGUUGUGAAUUUCAAAGGGGGGUUGUUGUAAAUGACAGACUGAUCACUAAUCAUUGCCGCUGCUUUGGUUUCAGUCCUUGCUAGCUUACGCUGAAAUAAAAUCAUUCUACUACCGCCAGCCGCAUCUUAACAGACAGAAGAAGCGUGUUAAGGGAGCGUCUUUCUUUAUAUCUGUGUUUAUUAUGCACACUUCAAUUUUCCCUGAUCGCUCCUGCUUCCAAAGACAUGAAAUCGCCCGUCAGCGAAAAUGUUUCCCGAGCAUUUCUAAAAUCUCAUCCAAAUCUUUGCACAUCGAGAACGUAUUUUUCACUGUAAAACAGGGGAAGUUAACACUACAUUGAAGAGAAAGGGAAUAAAAAGUAAAUAUCAUGGUGCAUACAGCAGUAGUAUUUAAAUGUUACAUCUUGAACAGGCUGGUAUUCUACUGAAUCCUGCAAAAUGUAGUGCAGGGACCUGUGGACUCGCACCUGCUGAGGAUUUUAGAAACAGAAAACUAGAAAGCUCUGUGCUGUUUUAACUUUUUCAACAACAUAGUGUUCCAGACACUGUGGGACACGUGUUGGUUUUGCUGCAGUACAGAAGCCGACACGUUGUGUGCUGCCAGGCGCUCCCGGACCGUGGUUAUCUUGUAUCUGUGACUGACUUGUGUUUGUUUGUGUGUGUGUUGUUUUUUUUUUGCUUUAAACGCUGAUUUGAAAGUAAACGUGGACGUCUUUUGUUUGAACAAUUCUUGCUGUCAGACUUCCGCGAGGUUUUCAGAUUCGAAUACCCUGCAGUUUGCACUGUGUGUCCAAAGCGAGGGUAACUACUGCACUUCCAUUCCGAUAUCUGACACUCCUCCUGCAUAUUCUUUUGAACUCUUCUCUCUAUCUUUUUGGAGCAAAAAAAAAAAGCCAUGGAAGAUCUCCUGGUGCGACAGGCGGUCUGGACUAGUGCUGCUGAAGGGAGCGCCCUACUAAUUCCUCUGCAGCACUGUUUUGCAGCGUAGUACUAUUCACAUGACCGGAGCAGAAUCCUAAGCAUUCGGAACACGUGGUGUUCUCAGAAUGCACAAGCGGAACAUUGAUCUUCUUUUUAGAAUAACUUGUCUGACAGGUAACUUGUUUCAGCCUGUUUGGUGUCAUUUGAAUGGAAGGGUGCUGCAGGAACACUUUUAAUUUCCUAGAACUGUUAGAAGAAAUCUGUGAGGUUCUGCUGCAUUUUGGACUCCAGACAGCCACUGUAUUUUUUUUUUUUAUUCCAAUGUAAUAUCUUGAAGCCUUAUAACUGUAUAAAAUGCUUUGCUAUAUUUAGCUCUCUGCUGCGUAAUACACAGAAUCAAAAGACCUGAAAAAAAUAAAACAAUUUUGUGGGUGUAAAGACUGCUACUGAUUGCUACUUCACCGUAUUUCUUAGAUGCAGCGGCUGGCUUUGAUAAAUACUCUCUGUCUCUGACGUCUUUCAUUCUCUACCAACCCCAGAGAUUCUGAUUCCAUGAACAGUGUUGCACUUUCAACUUGGUGCUUUUAAUCCAUCAAGAACCAUUGUCCUCAUUGGAGGACAGGCUACUUUAUAAUGUUUAACUGGCCUCUACCUGUUACUUAAAUGUUCUCUUUAAUUAUGUUAUUAUAACUUACUCCUCUGAUUUUGUUAGCCGUACGUCUAAAUGAUGUCAUUUUUCUAUGUGUUGAGAGUCACAGCCGAUGUGAAAUGUCGCUGGUCUGCUCACGGGAAAUAGUGUGAUUUGACUGUCCUCAAAAUGGGACGCUGGGAAUUAUGUUGCAAAUACACUUGUAAAAGAUUGAAACCUUUCAGAAUAGUAGCAUAUUGAUUUAGACUGUAUCAAAUUACACCAAUACAGGGCGUGUUCUGUUUAUCAAUGGAUUUGGUACUUAGUGGGUUAAAGUGAGAGUCAGUAGUCUGGCAACCCACUUAGGUCAUCUGUCUUUAAAGCACUACUUUUAAAAAUGACUCCAAGGCACAAUCUGAUGGAUCAGACCACUACCUACCUAUUAAGAAGAAGGUCACCUGCUGGCUUCUUUGAAGCCUGAAACCUUAGAUUAGAUUAUAGGCAACACGUGGGCUGCUGUCUUUCAGGGAGCCAUCUCUCCUCACUGUACAGAUUUAAAUGAAUUUUAUAAGCAUGAGCAACAUGUGGAUAUUUCCCUACUACCGCUAUUAAGGGUGUAUGCAUUUAAUUUUUUUUCAGCUCCAUUCCCAUUCUGAUGGUGUGUAAAAAGAUGAAAAAGGAUAUUGAUAAAUAACAUUUGUCAUUCAAUGCUUCCAUAUGCACACUGAACUCUAUGUGAACCUGUGUUCCAAAUGCCUGUCUAAUAAAUGCAAAAAAUAUUUUCUUCCUAA